AUGUUACUUGGGCGGAACUCGAGCACCCACCACCAGGACAGGAGUACCCCAGAGCUGGCCACCUACUCUCCUGCUUACCGCUGGCUUUUGGCGUGUUGGCUGUCAGGGUGUUAUUUGAGAGGUAGGCUAUGUAACAAAGUAACGUAUAUUGAUUUGUCUUUGUAAACAAAAUAAUUCUGCAUUUGAUAUGUAUGUCGCAUCAUCAAAGAUUUAGCGGUAUAAACCAAGGCCAAGUCCUUGGCUAAACUGAGACUGUGUGUGUGUGUGUGUGCGCGCGCGCAGUCAGAGGAACUAAUUAGCGAACUGCCCUUGGGCGGUGAUUGGCCUAUGAGGCAUUGUUUUCUGAUGAUAGGUACCCGAAACUCUACUCUAGUCUAUACAAUUUAGACUAUUGACACAAACACUGUGGAAAAUAUGAAUAGUAUGCUACUGUGUGUGUAGGCCAACAGUAGGCUACGAAUAGCUUAUGAGUAUACAAAUAGUAUACAAAGUAUAUGGAUCAUAGGUGUCUUGUUUAACCUGAAGGGUAGCCUAAUUUAGUUUUUGUUGUGCAACUGGCGUGAGAGAAGCAGUAACCCUUCUGGCUUCAUUGACCUGUGUUCUAUUAAACGCCAUACAGUCACUUAGUAACCAGGCUUUGAGUAAUCUCUGUAACCAAUAAGUAAAAUCUCGCGUGUAAUUUGGUCAACUGCACUGAUGCUUAUCUUUGUAGAGGGACAAAGAUCACCGCAGACUGACUGCUGCAAGUGACAUGGCCAUGGGAUUAUAUGGUGUGCAUCUCUAAAGUCUAAAAUGGCUCUUCCUCUUUUUGUGUCCUUGGCCUCCCCUUUGACUGGUUUGAUGUGUGUCAAUAUCCAUCUGCUUUCUAUUGACUAUCCAUAUGAUUUCAGAUCAUUGUAGAUGAGGGUGAAGAGAGAAGGAAUGGAAACACAAGAUUAUUGAUGAUAUGCACUACUGAUGUUCUCUUCUGCGUUCCAAGAUAGAAUUGCAUGCUGGCUGUCUGCUUAUCCAAAUAGGUCAUUUGAAUUCAAUGCAUAGCAAGGCCUCUCCUGAACAGAUGCUUUCUGAAAUGUUAGCUGGACAUUUGUUUAGGCCUAGGUAGUACAUUGGAUUGUGUGAUAGGAAGGAAGUGAAUGUUGUUUGAAUGGGUCAUAGAGGCAGUACACUGAGGUGAGAGAGGUCUUGUGAUAGACCUCUGUUUGCUGGUUAGUGUAUGUCUCACUCUCAGCAAGGAGCUUUCUCCUCCCGACCCAGCGCCCUCUCACAUGACAGCUCAUCAGCCUCCUCUGUUUAGAGUUAGUGCUACAUUCCUCAUCAUACUCUCCCUUUGACUGUCUGUUUUCCUCCACUACACUUUCCCAUUCUAACUCUCUUUCUAUCUUACACACACACACACACACACACACACACUUCACAUACAGUAAAGUUGUGGGUAAACUGUGAAAGCUCUGUCUGUUUGUGGAAUACGCCCCUGGUGAAACCCAUGGUCUUCUCUGCUGAGGUUUCUGCUUAGGAGUACUUUAGGUACUGUAGCCAGCUCUGUGUCCAUGUUUAAUAUCGUUCUCUCUCUCUGUUGCUGUGUGUGUGUUUAGGCUAGUAGCCAAGCCCUGUGCCAACAUACUUCAGAUUCAGGCUGGAGUGAGCCGGCGAGCCCAGCCCAACGCUGUCCUGGAGAGGGUGUUUACAUCCACAACGGUACUUAAAGCAUGGGUCUCAUGCGCUGCUGCUGGGUGGACAAAUGCAGCAUUGUGACUUGAAAUGUUUCUUAUGUUAUCGCCCACGAUGUAAAAGCAAUUCACCACAUGUAAAUGAACUGGAUGUUCUGUAAUUGCAAGUGGAUUAGUGGAAGUAAAAAAAAUCAGUAGAAAUGAUAAAAAUCAAACAUAUUGUACACUUAUUCCAUGCUGAUGAACUUGAUUUUUACUCGCUUGUCAGGGGAAAGUGUGAUCAGAUUUAGUUGGUUAUUGUCCAAUGCUAGUUAGCUCUGGUAGAUGCCAGUCUGUUUUGGCUGUAGCCAACUUUCCCUUGACUUGUUUAGCAGGGCAACAAUGUAGGGUUUUUGACUCUGGCUAAAACAGUGUCUCUGUCUCUCCUGCGCCAUCGUCUUCCUCAGAGUCCAGACUCGCGGCGGGUCGAGGGGCUGUCUAAGCAGCUGGACUGGGAUGUGCGGAAAGUCCAGAGAUGGUUCCGACUCCGGAGGAACCAGGACAAGCCCAGUACUCUCACAAAGUUCUGCGAGAGCAUGUAGGUUCUGAAAAGUCUUUAUCAAUCUAGAUGCGCUAGCUACAGCAUUGCUGUUCUGUUUAUUUUAUUUUAUUUGUUUCCUUUGGUCUUUCUUUUGCGUCUAGGUGGAGGUUGACGUUUUAUACCGGUAUAUUUACCUAUGCGAUUCGCUAUCUGUGGGUGGUGAGUUGAAUUGACUUAUACUGCACUACACUGAAUAACUUUAAUAUAAUUCAAAUACACUUUAAAUUGAAAGGAGCCCUUUUUAAAAUAGUUGUUACUAUAGGAAAGAAAGUAACAAAAAGAUAAACAUGCUGACUAUGCAGAUCGCUUUCAAGAGGAAGUCAUAUUGAUAAGCAUUGUGUUAUCCUCUUUGAUUAUCUUUGACAUGUGCAUGUCCUCCUCUAGUCUUCUUGGAUGUGGGACACACGGCAAUGCUGGUACAACUACCCAUUUCAGGUGAAGGAUCUACAUACCAAGUACCUAAAUACCAUGAUCAUUCCUCUAAAUAGUCAACAGAUGAAGAUUAAAUUCCUAACCAUAGGGGUUGUUCAUGUUCUCAAUAUGGUCCGGUUUUGCUAAAGAUACCAUGUUAUUGUUCUUCCUUGUUUCCACAGACGCUGAGUCCUGGCCAGUACAACUACUAUGUAGCCGAGCUGGCCUUCUACUGGUCCCUCAUGUUCUCCCAGUUCACAGACAUCAAAAGGAAGGUGAGUCAGGUGACUGGGUUGGGGGGACGACGACUUGGAGUGGGGUAGAUGGACUUGGAGUGGAGGGCAGACAGAAACUGCAGCGAUUGUGCUCCCCUCUCUCAAAAACACUAAUCCUACCACCUCUUCAGCCAGUGGCUUUGCUUCGUUCUAAUUGGCCAAUCUAUUGUAGCUGGUAUGCAAGCCAUUUAAAUCCACUUGAUUUUCUGGAAAGUCUUUGGUCGUCUAGCCAGAAUUGGAGCCAGUCUGUCCUGUUUUUGUUACUUAAUUUCAGAGACACUUUAGUGUCACUCUAGAUUAGCAAGUUUAUUAUUGUUUUUUUUAUAGAAGGCCUACGAUACUGUGUAAACUCUGAUUAACAGGUUAGACGCAGCAGUGAGGUUCUGUAGAGGCAUAGUUUGGGACAGGAGUUAAUGUAUGGAGCACUAGCCCAGAGUCCAAUCCUACUGAGAGUAGACCUAAUCCAUUGUCACAUGGGUGCUGCUGGAAGAGGUAGAAUUACAUUAGCACUGUGCUGUUCUCUGGUAGUGGGUCAAGGGGAAAGGAAGAUUGUUAUUUGUAUCACUUAGCAAGUUUAGCAUGUUAUGAGGUUGUAAAGGUUUCCAAUACUCCUAUGUUUUACCCUAGCAUCUUUGUACACCAUUACAAUUGCAAAGAUCCUUAAGCAGGAGCAAUAAAGACAAACACAUUGCAAAAUCAUAAAUCGUUUCAAGUUAAGAAAAGAUCCUCAGUACAUGUAAUCUAGUUUAAUAUAUAACUUAAAUUAUCUGGUGAAGUUGCUAGGAGAUCAUUAAUCUUGUGUGGAAGAAUUCUCAUUGCCAAGCAGAUGCAGCCUUUUCAAAAGCUGGUGACAUUAUCGUGUUGGGUAUAAUGGAUCAGGUCAAUGAACGUGUUGGAAUGUUUAAUAGACCAGGGUGUUGUGACCUUGGUUCCACUCACUCAGUGAUUCUAUGCACUUUAUUGGCAUGAAAUGGGAUGUGUGUAAAUAUCUCUCUCUCUCUCUCUGUGUUUGUUUGUUUACCUUCGUCCUCUGACAGGAUUUCCUCAUCAUGUUUGUCCAUCACCUGGCCACCAUAACUCUCAUCACCUUCUCCUACUGUAACAACAUGCUGCGAAUAGGCACUCUGGUCAUGUGUGUCCAUGAUGCCUCCGACAUCGUGCUGGAGGUAGAUAAAAGAUCAAGGGCCUAUACCAGAGCCAUGUAUUUAGAGAGUUGGGCCAAUGCGGUUUCUGCAUUAUGAUACAUUUAUAUAACACUUCAACAUUCUAUGGCAGGCAUGUUAGCUCCUCAUUAACAUUACAUGGGGAAUAUUUAAACAAUGCUAUGUAACUGAAUGUCUAGAAUUAGAACAAUAUUCAAAAUUCUAAAAGUUGGCCUAACUCUAUAUAUAUGGCUCUGGCCUAUACUAUACUGUUUGUGUAGAGCUGUCUUUUUACUGGCUGAGGUGGUUUCACACCAAACUGAAAUAUAAUGUAUGGUCUAUGUGGGUGUGAGAGUACAGGGUUUCACCCUGGCGUGUGUUUGCUCUGUUUGAACAGCUGUGUGCCCUACUGCUGCAUUUAGCUAAUACCUGUUUAACUGGAAUCUGACUGUUUAACAUGUCUGUUUACCAAGGUACAGCGAGAGAGGUGUCAUUAAAGGAGAAUUAAACAUGUUUAUGUUGGUUUGCUAUCUGUACUCAUGUGCUUAUUCAUUUCCUUCUCCCCAAGUUGGCCAAACUGGCCAAUUAUGCAAAGUACCAGCGGAUUUGUGACACCGGCUUUGUAGUAUUCAGCAUCGUCUUCUUCAUCACACGACUUGUCAUCUAUCCCUUUUGGUAAGGGGGGGUACAUAUUGAAUUAUGCAACAAGGCACAGAGCUGCGUUAUCUAACUCCAGCCAUUCUGUCCUCAGCACUAUAGGAUAGAUGUAUAAUUAAUUUGAUUUCUAUAAAAGGAUUUGCCUUUUUUGGCGUCUCCUUGUGACGGUGCCCUAGUAACGUGUGUGCUUGGUGUGUGCGUGUGUUGAAGGAUUAUAUACAGUGUGCUGGUGGAGAGCUGGGAGAUCGUUGGUCCUUACCGGUCCUGGUGGCUGUUGAACGGCCUGCUUCUGGUCUUGCAGUCUCUUCAUGUCUUCUGGUUCUACCUCAUCGCUCGAAUUGCCAUCAAAGCCAUAUUCAAGGGCAAGGUGUGUAUGUGUGUUUAACUUUACUCUGUCUGUGAAUAAUAGUGAACCUAUGGUAGCAACAGUGAUAGUUUGUGUAAUAUGCUCACAUUGUAGUUGUGGACCUAAAAAGAAAAAUUUGCCAAUAUCAAAACAUUUCUCUUUUUACACAGACCAUCUAUUCAAGUUUAGGGAGGAAAAACAGUAAUACGUUGAUGAUCUGAUUCCUUGUAUGAUUCCUCCGCAGACUAUUCAUUAUGUUACUGAGCACAAACUCUGUCCCUUUUAAAAGGUGGCGAAGGACGACCGUAGUGACAUCGAGAGCAGCUCAGAAGAGGAGACGGACACCAAUGUCAAGAGCAGGAACAAGUCACAUCCCAACGGUAGCGAGCAAUCACCAAAAAAAGACAACGGGACCAAUGGCUUCGCCAAAGGUGGAACAUAAGACCACUGAACACUGGGAGAGGUGAUUAUGAACUGGACACGGGGGUGGGGGGGGGUUCUGAAAUGGAUCCCCUCUGCUGUGUGCCACUUAAAAUGGGCCCCGUCUCUGUUUAACUGAACUUCAACUCUUCUUUGACUUUCAGAAAACCAAACCCUCUCAGGGCUGGUGUGGGUGGUGAAGACGAUGAUACAAUGGACAAUGUUUGCUGCCUUGAGGACCUCUAUUUAUCACUGUGUGUUUCUUUGUAUCAAGUUUACAACUUUGCCUUUGCUUAUAGUGGAAGUAGGGGAGGAAAGUUUUCAUAGACGUUUUACCGGUCAAAAACUGCUUCUUCUUCAUUACUACAAUGUCGUUUUGAUAACUCACUUUUUUUACUUGGAGAGAUAGCUUUAUAGACAAAACCGGUGAUAUUUUAAUGGUUGUAGGAGAUUGUGUGCCUUCCUGAAUAUGCUGCCUCCCCUCAUCUGAGGGGAAAAAA